CUAAACAAGGAAUAAAGUUUUAUUACUAACAAAAGUUAACAUUUUUGUUUAAAAGUAGUUAGUGAAGUGUAAACAUGGGCGAAGAAAAAAAGGUUAUGUUUCACGAGAUGGAGCUAGAUGAUCGCGUUUUAAAGGCUGUUUCUCAGCUUGGGUGGCCAGAACCUACGUUGAUCCAGGAAACUGCUAUUCCUCUACUUUUGGAAGGUAAAGAUGUCCUGAUGAGGGCUAGAACUGGUUCAGGGAAGACUGCUGCGUUUACAAUACCUGUUAUACAGAAGUUAUUGAACUUAAAGAACACUAGUGCACAUCAGUGUGUAAGAGCCCUGAUCUUGUCACCUAGCAAGGAGUUGUGUGGUCAAAUAACAACCGUAAUAGGAGAUCUAACAAUAAAAUGUGCCCGUGAAGUCCGCUGCAUAGACAUAUCAUCAAAUGGAGACAUGCAGACACAAAAGGCUCUUCUCCUAGACAAACCAGAUAUUGUUGUUGCAACUCCUUCAAGGGCAUUGGCCCAUUUAAAAGCGGGCAACAUGCGAUUGAAGCAGGAUUUGGCUGUAUUGGUUGUUGACGAGGCAGAUUUAAUAUUCUCCUUUGGUUAUGAAGGGGAGAUUAAAGAGUUAUUAGGUCAUCUCCCAAAAAUUUAUCAAGCAGUGUUAGCAUCAGCAACACUAUCAGAUGAUGUUUUAAGUCUGAAGAAGAUUGUACUCCGUAAUCCAGUGACAUUGAAACUGGAGGAACCAGAACUGGCUCCAUCGUCACAGUUGCAGCAUUACCACUUGUUUGCAGAAGAGGAUGAUAAAGCAGCUAUACUAUAUGCCUUGUUGAAGUUGAACUUAAUCAGAGGGAAGAGUAUUAUCUUUGUUCGGACAGUUGAUCGGUGUUAUAAAUUGAAACUUUACCUAGAGCAGUUCAAAAUCAGCUCCUGUGUGCUUAACUCAGAACUCCCUGCAGCCGUGAGAUGUAUUUCUGUAGACCAAUUCAACCGAGGCCGAUAUCAGAUAAUCAUAGCAUCUGAUGAGAAGGCGCUUGAAAAUCCUGAUGGGGGAUUACUGGGUGAUGAGGAGAUUGGAAAGAAAAGGAAAAAGAAGCAAGCAUCAAAACGUAAGAAAGAUAAAGAAUCGGGCGUGUCGAGAGGCAUAGAUUUCCAGCAUGUGGCCAAUGUGAUCAAUUUCGACUUCCCUCUCGACGUCAACUCAUACGUGCACAGAGCUGGACGCACGGCUAGAGGAAAUAAUCAGGGUUCGGUAUUGUCAUUUGUGUCAAUCCGAGAAAAACCGUUAAUGGACACAGUAGAAGAACAUUUAUCAAAAGGAUUCAAAGGACAGAAAGUAUUACAAAAAUACGAGUUUGCUUUAGAAGAAGUGGAAGGGUUCAGAUACAGAUCAAGAGACGCGUGGCGAGCUGUUACCAGGAUAGCGGUUAGAGAGGCUCGGCUUAAAGAGAUCAAACAGGAACUAAUCAAUUGCAAGAAGUUACAGGGUUACUUCGAAGAGAAUCCAAACGACUUAACAGCCCUACGUCGAGACAAGGCGCUUCACACUGUAAAGCUGCAAUCGCACUUGAGCCACGUGCCGGAGUACUUGCUGCCAGCAGCGCUCAGGAACGAAGAGGCAGUGGAUGAUGAGCAGGAGAAGGAAGCUCCCAUUGCCAAGAAGAAGAAGCAUAACAACUUUGGCAGCGCUAAGAGACAUAAAUAUCAGGCUCGUGCGAGCGACCCUCUCCGCAGUUUCAAAGUGAAAACCCUGAAAAAACCAACAGCAGAAGCCAACUCGUAACAUUUGUUAGUAUUCAUGAAGACCAUUUCAAGAUUCAUAUGUGAAGAAUUUGUAUACAUGAAGCUUGACCGGGAAAAUGGAAAUAUUAGAAAUAACUGUAGUUAACACUUAUCUAUAGUUAUGUGUAACAUUAAAAUCUGUGUGACUUUAUUACGACACUAUUGUUUUUCUUGUCAAGCCUUAUAAAGAGAUUCCUGUUUUUCUAUAAAGUUUUGUAAAUAAAACAUGGCUGACUAUGUGUUUUUGUUCACGCAGCCGUGCUUGCCAGACGCUCAGUCUACAGACUUCGGUUAGUACUGAACUCAUUGUUACAUUGUUGAAAUAAAUAAAAAACUAU